AUGGAUCUGAUACUAGAUGAGGAGAAACACAUGUUUGCUCUUACAGAAGAAACGUAUGGAGUGGCAGAAGUUAAUACUAACAAAGAGUUAGUGAGGACAAACCGAGGUGGAGGUUGGCGUCGUGUGCAACGUUUCAUGAACGAAUCAGAGGUACAAUGCUAUGACAUUCUUCGCAUGAACCAGUCAACAUUUAAUAGCUUAUGUAAGUUACUAUCAGAGAAGUAUCAGCUAGUAGAGUCUGUUCAUGUUUACCUAGAAGAGAGUGUAGCAAUGUUCUUAGAGAUGGUUGGACAAGAUUUAACCGUACGGGCUUUGGCUGAGAGAUACCAGCAUUCAUCUGGCACAGUGAAAAGGAAGCUAGAUGAGGUUUUAAGUUCUUUGUUGAAACUCGCAGCAGACAUUGUGAAACCUGGAAGGGAUGAGUUUGCAAGUGUUAGUCCUAUUCUAGUAGAUGAUCCGCAAUAUUACCCUUUUUUUAAGGAUUGCAUAGGUGCUCUAGAUGGAACUCAUAUGCCGGUUCGUCCUCCUUCUGUGAAUGUCGAACCAUUCAGAGGUAGAAAAGGAGAACCAACUAUGAAUGUCUUAGCUAUAUGUAAUUUCAGUAUGAAAUUCAUAUAUGCUUAUGUGGGGGUUCCUGGGAGAGCACAUGAUACAAAAGUGUUGACAUAUUGUGCUAAGGAAGAAGCUUCUUUUCCUCAUCCUCCAGUUGGAAAGUAUUAUCUAGUAGACUCUGGAUACCCAACUAGAACUGGUUAUUUAGGACCUCACAGUAGAACUAGAUAUCACUUGGAUCAGUUUGUUAGAGGAGGACCGCCAACAGCAGAGAAUUAUUCAACCGAAAGCAUUCUCUCUAAGUGGAGGGUUCUUGACCACAAGCACCCUAAGUAUGAUCUGACGAAAUGGGUGAAGAUUAUGACAGCAACAAUGGCUCUUCACAAUUUUAUCAGAGAUUCAAACCAUGAGGAUUGUGAUUUUGCACAUUGGAAAAGAGUGGAAGAAUAUGAACAUCGCGGGGAUGAAGUGACAGAGAAUGAUGAUCAUGUUGCAUACAUACCAGCUGGAGAUAGAGUUAUGGAAGCUAUGCGAGAUUCCAUUACUGAGGAGAUGGCGAGAGGACGUCGACUUCCAUACUAA